ACUAUGGAGGAAGGAAAGGAAAUGUCAGUAGGCUUGUCAAGUGAUAUGACUGAAGAAAAACUGGAUGUUUGCAAGAACAGUGACUUUCCCCUUCUAACUGAUGAAAAAUUUGAUUUUGACCUUUCAUUGUCUCCUGCAAGUGGAAAUGAAGAUGAAGUUUUCGUUGGACCUCUUGGACACAAAGAAAAAUGUGUUGCUGUCAGUAUUGAAGCAACUAAAGAUGCUGAAGAAAAGAUCUCUCAAACCCCUGAUGAUAAGCUUAUGUGGAGUCCUCUUACUGGAGAGAAAUUUGUAGAAAUUUUUAAAGAAGCUCAUUUGUUAGCACUGCAGCUAGAAAGUGGCAACAAAAAUGAACAGAACAAAGUCACCCAAUCAGAAGGACCAAAACCCAAAGUUAUAGAAAAAUUUGUGCAAGCAUCCAAGUCAAAACUAAAAAUCUUUCAAAAAGGAAACAUAGAAAAAAGCCCCAGGGCUAUUAAAAGGGAGACGUACUGUGUGUGGGACAGCCCAAUUUGUCAACUGCCCCCUUCCUUUCAGAAGCGUUCAGAUUUACCUGUGACUGCAGUUGACAAAACUCCUCCAAACACAUCUAGUCCAAUUAAAAUCCAUAAAUUUCCUAAAAUAUCUGUUUCACCUCUAGCCCGAGAACAGCAAAGUGAUGAAAAAAAUAAAAAGGCAAUAAGCAAAUUGCACACAAAGGCUUCAUUUGCUCUUGGAAAAAGCCAUCAACUGACAGUAGAAAAGCCAAAACCAGGGAAAAAACAUUUGACCAGCAUGGGGUCAUCUGAAGAUCUACUCUCUGACAAAUCCAGUGUUGCUUCAGAUGUAUGUGACUCAUCAUUCAGUGGGAGUUCAUCAUUACAAGACAAGCGAGUUCUUCCUUCUCAAAGCAAGUUCGGAUUAAGAAAGACACAGUUAAAACCUCCUAGUGCUGCUAAUGGUCCUCUAAGAAAGACCACCUCAUCUUCAUCGUCGUCAUCCAUUUCAAGCAUGAACUCCAGUUUGAAUUCAAGUUUGUCUGUCUCUCCCAUAGGGGGAAAUGCUAAAUCAAGCUUCUCUUCAAAAAUUUCUGUGAGCAGCUCCAAACUCUCAUCUAGCACAAAGAGUCUGGCUAUGGUUAGACCUAUCAGAAUGUCAUCUGUGCAGGCUGUCCAUUCUGAUGUGUCCUGCAAGCAAACAAGAUCAGUUAGUACUCCCAGAAUAUCUACUGCUGGGAAUUUAGCCAAGUCUUCAGUUUCUGUGACAGGAUCCCAAACUCUUGCCAGUGGAAUUCAGAGACUGAGCUCAGUUCCUAAUCUGCAAAAGAUAUCUCAGCAGAACAAAGAUGGAAGUGCAGCAAAAGGAAACACAUACCCAAAAGACAAGGCUGAAGUUAUACUCACACCUUCAAAUCAGAUUAAGGUCCCUAAGAGAUGUGGAGGUUCAUCACCAGAAAAUACAGCAUCAAAAAUAAAGCAGCCAAUCAGAUUACUAUCUUGUGGCACAUUUGGGAGUGGUGUGGCUGUUUGCACUCCUGUCAGACCUUCCGAAGAUGGGGCCUCGCAGAACUCUUGUCUUAGUUCCAGGUCCAUUUUAAUUACUCCAGCCAGUACAAAACGUUCUGCUCUGCCUACCCCCGCCAGUCGUCGUAUCUCAGGAAUUCCAGCAAUGACUCCUAAAACUUUGCCAAGAUCUGUCUCCUCUCCACAUUUUAUGUCUGUUCGUCAAGUCUCCAGUGUGUCCGCCAGAAAGACUCUUGCAACUGGUUCUAAACAGGCAAAGGACACCAAGACACAAGUGUCAUCAUUUGAAGAUGAUGACUUAUCUCCUCCACCUAUUAUACCUCUUACACUUGUCUUUUCACCAGAGAAGACUACUGAAAUAGCACAGACUGAAAUACAAAAACAGCCAGCUGAAGGAGCACAAACUAAUGAGGUCUUGCUGGUAGAUAUUGGAAUAGAUAAAACUUCCAUUGCUGCUUUGGAAUGUGAAAGCAGACCUCUCAUUGACCUUUCUAAUACUCCGGAAGUGAAUAAAGUUAUUCCAUUAAAACCUAGUGUGGUAGGACAGCUAAUAGAUUUGAGUUCUCCUCUUAUCACUCUGAGUCCUGAAGUGAACAAAGAGAAUCUGGAUUCCCCUCUGCUGAAGUUCUAAACUAAACCUUAGCUCAGCCAAAAAUUUAUCUUGGGACUAGCAUCUACAAUCUUGAUUUGAUAUAUUAGCUAUCUUAAUAGGACUGCGUGGAGUGAAUAUCAUGCAAUAAAAUCCCUUUAAUGUACUACUAGAAUGUAACUUGUGUUGACAAAAUGGAACUAGAAUAAUAUGUUCAGCAAAUCCAAAUUGGGAGCACUUGAUUAACAUGACUGUCUUCAUGCAUUGUUGCAGAUCCAUGUAGUUUAAAAAAAAAAAAAAGUGCUGUAUGUCUGCUGUAGUAAAAUUAUUUUAAGUCUAAUUAUACAUAAGUGACCUUUUUCUAAAGGUUUGCUAGUAAAUAAAAUGAUCUAAAGUACUAAAAUUAAACUGAAAAUUAAAGCUAAUGUGGUAGUUGUCUUUGUAUCUAAGGGAUUUUAAUUGUCUGUAUACAUAUGGAAGUAUAGCAAGUCUAGAAAUAAAAUGUUUUUGGGCCACCAAAUAUGUUACAUGCUAAUUGUGCCAUGGAAUAUUUCAGGAAGCUAAAAUAGCCACAUUCAAUAAAAGAAGCUGGAUCUAAUGGUACGUUGAUGCAUAAUCAGGAUAUUGUUAAAGAUGGUAAUGUCAGAACUUUGCAAAGUUCAUAUAAAUUGAACUGCUUGCACUGAAGGCUUUUUCUGUAACAGAUUUAGAAAAUGGGAAAAAAUGGGAUCAGAGUGAAAACUGCAUUAGACUAAUUUUAAAUUCUGAUAACUUCGAGGUAGGAGAAUAUGGCAGGAACAGAUAAAACAAUGAGGUCAGCUUUAGAAAGCAAGGUAAAGGAUGGGAUUUGACAGCCAUCUGGUCCACUGUAUGAGGAAUGUAAUUCUAGAUGUAAGAAAGAUGAAGUCAAGAACAGGACAUAAAAUGAGUAAAAUACCUAGCUCCUCCCAUUUUAUCUUAUGCAUCAAAUGUAAUGUCUGAUCUGCCCUACUUUUUGCUAGCGGUCUUGUUUGGAGGACCCAGAAAUGAACUGGAAGCUUUUUAACCCUUCAGCUAUCAACAGACCUGUAUUCUGAUGUCCAUGGUAACAACUCCAACUCAGCCAGUCUAAACUAUAAAAAGCAAAAGUUGAAGACAAAGCCUGCUAUGAGCUGAAUUGUUUUGAUUUAAAACGCCUGAUAAAGGUUCUUUAAGGCUCCUGGUAAAUCCUUGUGUUCAUAUGACUAGCUGAAAGAUUCUAGACGUAGGAGGUCACUUUUGAAAUCACUGGAAUGUUUCAGUUGAUGUUAUGGGUUGAGGCUCCUCUUCUUAGACAUGGUGUAUCUGGAUCUUGGGCCAAAUCUGGACUACCAGAUGCUUUUGAAUGGAUUGUGAAUUUUUUUAUUUAGUCUUAUCAUCUUGUUA